CUUUUCUUCCAUUCUUCGUUCUCCGAGUCCAUUCAUCCGUUGUUGUCAGGUGUGCGCGCGCUUGUGUCCUAAGCACUCGGCUGAAUCCAAGCCCCCAAAACCCUAGAAAAAAAUCCGCCAUCGACGCAGAUAACCCUACAUGAUUUUUCCCUUCGAUCCUCGUCACAUAUGGACUCUCAAACCCUACUGAUCAGGGCUCGACCAAGGAUAAUGUGUCACCAAACCAAUGCAUGCCAAUUUAUGGUGGUUCUGACAUGUACCUUGUUCCACAUUGCUGCAUGCGGACCAUGUUCCAUAAAUGGGAUGCAUAGUCCAGUGGAAUAUGAUACAGUUGAGCCCUACAGUGCCAAUCACAAUGCCGGGUUUCGGGAUGCGUAUGUUGAUGGUGGAAGUUCAGGGUUUGAUUCAAAGAGCUGGUUGGGCCUUCCAAGUGUUGAGAAUUUAUGUAGCAAUUCAAAUUUGUUUUGCUUUCCUUCAACCUUGCCUGAUUUUUUAUCUGAAGACCAUAGUCCUGAAUCAACCGUUCAGGAGGCAUCUGGAGUUCAAUCGGAUGCCACAUCCCCUCUGGGAGCAGCACAAGAAAGAAGCAACUUAAGCUGGUCCUCGGACUAUGGUACAUUUCUGUUAUUCAGCGGACAUGCCCUUUCUUGUUCGUUGAACUCCCAAGAGAGAAUCCAGGACAUCUCAUCUAUCCAAACAAGUAGUGGUAAUGAAAACCACGUUUCUUCAUGCGGAGGACCUUUGCAUAAUGAGAAGAUUCCAGGUUCCAACUUGAAUGGGGGCUCUGAGAUGAUCAAAUCAGGGUUUUUAGAUGGUUCUCUGUCCCCUUAUAUUGAUAUAAGUCCUCCUUUACUUGACUGGGGAGAUAAAUAUUUAUAUUCUCCUUCCUUUGCUUUCUUAACUGUGGAAAAUACCCACACCGACAUCAUUUUGAACAUAUAUGAACCUUUCAGUCCAAAUACACAAUUUUAUCCUUGCAAUUUUAGUGAUCUCCUCCUGAGACCUGGUGAAACAACUUCAAUUUGUUUUGUGUUUCUCCCGACAUGGUUAGGCAUGUCCUCAGCUCAUCUGAUAUUGCAGACAAGCUCUGGUGGUUUCUUGAUUCAGGCCAAAGGUUUUGCUGUCGAGUCCCCAUAUGGGAUUAGACCUUUAAUGGGAGUGGAUAUAUUCUCCAGUGGAAGGUGGAGAAAGAAUCUUUCUUUGUUUAAUCCUUUUGAUGAAAUCCUCCAUGUGGAGGAAGUAAUUGCAUGGAUAUCAGUUUCUUCCGGGAAUACUUCACAUUUGACAAAAGCAAUCUGUAAAAUAGAUAAUUAUCAAGGUUCUGCUGAUCAUAGUGUGGUGAAUGGUAAGGAGUGGAUGGAUGUCAAAAGUAGUCAAGUUGGGUCACCACUAAUGGCAAUGAGGCCCCAUAGAAAUUGGGAUAUUGACCCUGGUAGCACUGAGACCAUUCUAGAGAUUGACCACUCGUAUAACUCCGUAGGAAAACUUUUUGGUGCCUUUUGUCUUCAGUUGCUUAGGUCUUCAGAAGACAAGUCAGAUACAAUAAUGGUUCCUCUUGAAGUAGAAGUGGGUGAAUCAGCCAAUUAUCAUGCAGAUUCUGUUUCGUUAUCACUUGACACUCUAGUCCCGUGCGAUGCCAGUGAAACUGCUGUUGUUGCUCUCUCGCUGAGAAAUGGUGUUCCUCAUCUACUGAAUGUUAUUAAGAUCAGUUUAAUUGGAGAGGGCACUAAGCUUUUCCAGAUUAAGUACAUGGAGGGCUUAAUUCUUUUUCCAGGCACUGUCACACAAGUAGCUGUGGUUAGCUAUAUUUCCCAGCCUCCGUCUGAUAUUCCCAGAAUGAAGUUGAAUUGUAAAAUAAUGAUACUGAUAAAUGACUCGAGUAGUCACGAGAUUGAGGCUCUCUGCCAGGAUGUAGUCAACAUUUGUUCGAAAGCCGAUUCAUACCCAAACUUUGAACAAGAUGGAAAGGCUAAACAUGCCAAUGCAAGAACAGGGUCUUUACGCAGCAGAGGGCAAUCGCUGUCCCAGAUCAAGGCAAUGGAUGCAGCAGGACCAGAUGAAUUGGUACUGGAAAACUGGAAGUCUCUAGGCACUGCUAGUGGCAUGUCUGUGCUUCAUGAUCAUGAGGUUCUGUUCCCUACAGUUCAAGUUGGAACUUAUCGCUCGAAGUGGAUCACUGUAAAAAAUCCGAGCCAACAACCUGUUGUAAUGCAGUUGAUUUUGAACUCAGGUGUAAUUGUUGACGAGUGUAGGUCCGCAGAUGGGCCUUUACAGCCAUCUUCAUCCAGUGGCUUGGUUCUUAGUGAAUAUAAAGCACCAAUAAGGUUUGGAUUCUCGAUAGGAGAGAGUGCACAAACAGAGGCCUAUGUCCAUCCUUAUGGGACAGCAUCUUUUGGGCCAAUUCUUUUUCACCCUUCAAAUCGAUGUGGGUGGAGAAGUUCAGCACUGAUAAGGAACAAUCUUUCUGGUGUGGAGUGGUUAUCUUUGCGAGGAUUUGGAGGGUCAUUUUCCCUCAUUUUGUUUGAAGGAUCUAAGCCUGUUCAGAGUUUAGAAUUUAAGUUCAACAUCCCAAGUCCUCUAAAUAUCUCCCCCCCUGAUAUUUUCUAUAGCAUCGAAGAAGCCACUUCUACCUGUUCCCAGCCAUUGUCCAAAGAGCUGUAUGCAAAGAACACAGGGGACCUGCCUCUGGAGCUCAGAAGAAUUCAGGUUUCUGGGACCGAAUGUGGCUUGGAUGGGUUCUUAGUGCAUACUUGUAAAGGUUUUUCUCUUGAACCUGGAGAGUCCACACAGCUUCUGAUUUCGUAUAAAGCUGACUUUUCUGCAGUCAAUGUACAGAGAGAACUUGAACUGGCCUUGGGUACUGGUAUUCUUGUGAUCCCUAUGAAAGCAAACCUCCCUCUACACAUGCUCAGUUUUUGCAAAAAAUCUAUGUUCUGGUUGCGAGUGAAGAAAUUCUCCUUUGUCUUCCUCUCUACUUUUGGUGUUUUUCUUGUAUUAUUUUACAUCCUUCCCCAAUUUCUGGCACUGGGCUCCCAGGACUACACUUUGAAGAGUGGAGAAAGCUCUGUAGCCACUGUCAGGCAUGUAGGGAAAUCUUCUCGUGUGCAUCGCAACCAGAAGAACAGUGGCAGGUUUUCUUGGUCCUCUAAAAUGAAUGGCUUUUUUAGCUCAGUCAAGGAGGAUAAAACAUUAUUGCUCAAUUCUGGUAAUAGCUAUCCAGAUGGUGAAGGAGUUGCCUUAGAACAGGGACAUGUCAAGCCAACUGUGGGAAAUCAGAGACAAGCAAACUAUUUGCCUCAUGCUCAAAAGGAAAUGGUAUUCGAAUCUUGUGCCCUACCGGAGUCUAAUAGAGUUGAGCACUCAGAUGUUCAGGAUGCAUCAAAAGACGGUAAGCUUACUGUUAAGGUUGGGAAAGAGAAGGGAAGAAGGCGAAGAAAGAGAAAGGGUUCAGGAACGGGAUUAACUGGAAUAUUUGAAGUUUCAAGCAGUCAAAGUGGUAAUUCUACACCUUCAUCACCCUUGUCACCAGUCACAUCUUUUACACCCAAAAGAUCUUGGCCAGUGACUUCUGGUUUGGAUCAGACUUUUGAGGCUAGGAGUCAAUUUGCAGAAGUGGCAGAACAAAAGUGUCAGAAGGUUUCAGAUACCAAAGCUUCCACUAAGGGGAAUAUAGUAGAACCUGAGGUUUCUAUGAAGUUAUCCAAUGAAAGUUGUGUUUUCCUCGUUCAAGAGAAGCCCUCUACUCCAAGAAAAUUGCCUGGAAAACCUGUUUUGUUGCCUUCUGCUACUUUCCCUUGCACAAAUAGGCCUGUCCCGAGUUUUAUGGCUUCAACUUCUCCCAUUCCUCCGCACGCCCGGGCUCCUGGAUCCAAAGUUUUUAACCAGAAAGCAGUUCAACCAGAAGAAAAGACUGGGCAUGAAGAUUUAUUCAAGUAUGAUAUCUGGGGAGACCAUCUUUCUGGACUUCAUUUGAUGGGUAAGCCAAAGGAGGGUUCUUCCAUGACCUCUGGUGUUUCUGAAAGCCACUCUGAUAGCUUCUUUGUAAGUGGUCCGCAAACUCUGGUGAGUAAAUCUCAACCAAGAUCUGUAAGUUCUUAUCAAGUGGGUUAAUGAAGAAACUUAAAUAAUUAUCAUUAAA